AUGGACUAUGACCAAGGUAAUGUUCUUGAUGUGGGUUCGCGGUUCACCGGAGCUAAGAUUGGGUUUGGGGUCAGCUCCUCUUCGCUUAUCGUAUCGUAUCGGCAUUCGGCAGAUGCUGGCUGGGCGGCACGUGCUCAGAUGAGCCGCUGCUACUGGCCUGAGGCUCUGAGGCAGCAACUGUUGAUGCCUGAUGCUUUUAUACUACUCAUGCCAAUCUACAAGACACAAGACAUCGAACACACGUCACCUAUUGCUUCUUAUUAUGCCACAGUAGAAAGUCUACUUGCUCGUCAACUUCCAACUGGCAGUACCUUCUCAUUCAAAGGCGAUACUGCUAGCUGUGGACCAUGGCAUACCGACGAUCAGUUUUGA